AUACGUGGCGUUGCUUCUGAUAUCCAAUUUAUCCAAAAGCAUGAAGACUGCGGUUACGCAAAUGAAUCAUGAAAGCGUUUAUUUUUUCAGUUGUUAGGACUACAUUUAGAUGCUUAGAAUUACUGCGAUGACAUGGUCUACAAAGACAUAAAAGAGGGAUGAUGCGCAUCAUUGGCUAUCUCAGAUAAUUUACCUCUAAAUGCUCAGGCAGAAACAAUUAUAGGGUAUGACUCUAUUGGUUGUGUUCGGUGAGCCGUAAGAGAUGAUGAAAAGAUAGCUAUAUUCUUUAUGCUUUUAUUGGAAGACCAGAUAUUAUUAAAGAAAUUGAGUCAGUUAAUUUUCUGUGUGGUGAACAUAAUAAAACAAAAAAUAAGUCUUUAAUUCAUUUCCAGCGACCCGAAACUAACCAAAUGUUGAGGGAAAUGUUAACUCAAAUGCUAAUCUAAUAGGCAUAGAAAGAUAUCUGAGGAGUUAAAAUGGGUAAAUUCUGUUUGAGCACUCAAAUGUGUGAUAUAUUGCGCCUUCGUUAUUGUAUACAAAUUGAUAUCUUCUAAAGUUCUUCAAAAUUUUUAUCACAAUAUUCACUCGAGUAUUUUAAAGACAACGAGAAAUUCAUAAGCGCUUAAAAUAUUACUAACUUCAUUUCACAAAAUGUUCAAGUCAUGUGAAAUACAUCAUACCGGUAUUGAUUAGAAUUAGGUAUUUAUAAUAUACAGUUGGCGACUGCUUCUCAAAGAGAAUUGGUUGAGUGUAUAAAAUAGAACGAUACAAAAGCUCAGUUAAGUCAAAAUGACAGAAAAUCUUGAAAUUGCAUGGCAUAACAGUGACAGAAUUGAUGUGACCAUAUUGAGACAAAUCAGGAAGGUUUUAGUCAACAGUAAAACUAUGUUCUAUUCUGUUAUGUGUAUGCUUUUCUUAAGAUAUUGACAAAUUGGGAGGUCUUUCUAGAGACCCUUUUCGAAAUUCCUGCCAAUGGCCCCGCUAGAUUUAAAUUCGGUAAUUUUAACUUGGCGGAGUGCUUUAUGUUUAUUUUAAAAAUAAUAUUCAGAUGUUGCAAUUUGGAGCACUCAUGGAUAUUUUUUAUUGUAUUUAGUUUUUUCUCUCAUCUAUUCCAGGACAAUUUAUGAAGUGUCGUCGUUUGAACAUAACUAUGUUUUUUCUUCACUAUAAAGUUGCGUUGCAUUGCGAUAUUCGUUCGAAUGCUUCGGCUAAACUGUACAUAACUAGUAUAAAUAUUUAUUUGUGGAAUAUGAGAGUUAUAGUUGCAAGAUAUCUAAAUAUAUUUGACCGCAUGAAUUUAAGUUUUAUUUAUGGAAUUCCAAUAGCUUAUUCUGGAUUGAUAUUUACAAAUUAUAUAGGAUGCUGAUUACGUCACUGAUGCUGAUGAAGUCAGAAUCUUUGUAUUUAUUAUCGUUUGCAUGUUUGCUAGUAUGUAUGUGAUACCUCAAUAAAAAGGAAAUUAAUCAGAAUUCAGCUUCUAUUGUUGUUUUUUUACAAGAGAAAUUUAUUACAUUUUACAUCAACUAAAUUACGUUUGUUUGAAAUUUUUUAUUCUCCUAAUUUAACAUAACGAGGAGUUUUAUCGAAUUUUAUAUUUUUAUAUAUGAGCCGAUUCUUGACUGAAGCAAUUAAACGAUUGUAUAUGCCAUCAAACUUUAUAAGCACCUCUAAUUUUACGUUUCACGACAUUACUAACCAGCAACUAUUCUUGCAUUUAAAUGAUUUCUUUCUUGUAACAUAUCAGCUGACUAAUCUUCUACCUCUAUUUGAUCACCGCAAGCAUGAAGACAUUUGCAAUUCUGGCACUGGCGGCAGGAAUUCUAGCUUGUGCAGCUGCUGUUUUAUCAAUCACAGCAACCAUUACGGUCGCCUGGCGUAGAACUAUUAUUUUAUCAUCUUCUGGAACAGAGUUAGGACUGUUCCGGGGAUGCAUCACAGUGCUUAGUGUAACAACUUGCGCGAGUCGAUCAGAAGUUCCGGACUACAUAAACGCAACAAGAGCGUUUGUAAUUCUUGGCGUUGUUGGAAUCGUCUUUGGAGUCUUUUUGUCUCUCAUUCAUGCUUUGGGUAAAAUGAAAAAGAAAGGACAUGUUGUCCUUGGAAUCGUAUUACUUUUAUCAUGUGUAUUCUUUCUGGUUGGAUGUUCCGUAUACACAGCAAAGACGAGAGAAAAUUUAUUAGUUGGCGAAGAGUUUGGUUACUCACUAUGGAUGGCAUGGGCAGCUUGCAUCAUAUCUUUCAUCGCCGCUCCAGUCGGUUUCUUAUCGAAAUAUGGAAACUACGGAUAUAUGAGUUGAACUCUAACGUACUCGAUCAAUAAAUCCAGCUUGACAUUGACGAAUCCCGCAAUAACGUAAAAAUAUUGAAAUAAACUUUAAAAAUUUUUGUCUUUCAACAUCACUUGAAUUGUGCUAUGUUGCAAGAAGUCAUGAUGGCUUAUAUGCCGGAUACCGCUUCUGAAUUCAGCCAAAUUAAGGAAAUCUAAUCCAUAUCAAAAAAUGAAUCAAAUAAUGUAUCUUUUUUGUAGUUGAAACUAUAAUGCAUACAGCUUUCAUUUUUUCAAUAUAUAUUUUCUGUUAAUUUACUCAUAUGUAUACGAUUCAAUGAUAGUAUAUUUAGUAUAUAUGUGCAAACUAAUACGGUUAUCUGCUUGGAAUAUGCACUCCGUGCGUCCUCAUGCGCGGAAUCGUGGAUAACGAUCCAUUAUGAUACUUCCAAAAAAUUUAAUUAAUAUUA